CUCGAACAAACCCAUAAUGUUGAAACAGCGACAAUUUGGCGAUUUAGCCGAUGCGUUUGUUAAUUUAGUAAAGAAAAAGCGUAAACGCCACUUUUUCUCAAACAUGUUUCUUUGACCUAAAUAAGUCUGCUUUAUUAACGUCAUUUAACACGAUACGAGUUCAGUGAUAGUUUAGUGAUUCAGCGAUAAGCUGUCAGUUGAGUCUGGAUGAGUCCGAAUGAGUCGACCAUGACGGAGUGGUAUCAAGCAAAGAUUUUACGUUUAUGCGAAUUAAACAAUGUUGAGGACAAAAAGGACAUUCUCACGGAUAUUAAGAUAAAAUUCAGUGUAUUGAACAACCGGGAUGCCGAACAGGUCGCCCGUAGCAUUGAUUACGGACCAUUUUACUCGCAGUUAACCUCAAACGACAGAGAGGUUGUAGAACAGAUAUGUGACAUUCUAACCAUCCUGUUCAACAUGCUAGAGCCAGGAGAAAUUUAUCAGAGAUAUAUAGUUGAAGUGUCUGCUUUAAUAACUAAUCCAAAUGCCAGCGUAAGAUUGCUUGUGCUACAUGAAUUUUUGCGCACAGCUUUGCAUCCGCAAAAAAUAUUUCAGUUGCUCGCAGACACCACUCUUUUGAUUUCAAUUAUAAACAGAAUUGGCGACAAUGACUUAAAUGUCGCUGAAUGCGCGAUGAGCAUAGUAAAGAAAAUCGGAGAGAAUCCAAAUGGUUUGCAUAUUCUGUACAAGGGCGAGCUCCUGAGAACAUUUGCCAGGCUGCUACAGAAUGAUACUAUUGGCUUUCGUGUUUACGAAGUAAUUGUGGACAUAGCCAAGAUUUCACAGGAGGCUCUGGAAGUAUCGGCUCAAUCAGGCUUUCUGAACAGUUUGAUCAAUAUAUUGGAGAAUGAAGAUAUACUGCUUCAGUUGAAUGCUCUGGAGAUACUGACUCAAUUAGCCAUGUUUGAGGAGGGUCUAAGCUAUCUGGAGCAGCAAGAGGUGUUGAGCAAAUUAGUUCAAAAAAUAGCGCAGAUUAAUGAGAAUCCCUUGUCGAAUCUUUUGAUCCCUGGACUGAUGAAGUUCUUUGGUAACGUUGCACGCCACUGGCCCAAUGAAUUAUUCUCCAGAUAUCCUGUGAUAAUUUCUGCGCUUUUUGACGUGAUAGACAGCGGAGAUCAGAACAUUCUUGGUCCCGCGUUGGACACUCUGGGAUUUGUAGCUGCGAGCAUCGAAGGCAAGUAUGCAUUACAAGCUUUGGGAGAUGCGAUGCCAAGCGUUCUUAAAAAAAUUGCCGAGAUAAUACAGAGAAUGCCCACUGCUUUGAGAAUUCGCGGCUUGAACAGUCUCGCCCUUAUUCUCGAGGUCAAGAAGGUGGAACAAGACAAUAGGAUUUUAUCCUUAAUGAAGCUGUGGUUUGACUCGCUGUGCGACGAUCCAUUAGAUAUGAUCGUGGCGAUAUGCAAACAACCAUUUGCCGACAUCAGACAAGCCGGUUUAGAAGUAUUGGUUGUUAUCAGUUCUCAAGUAUGGGGGCAAGAAUACAUAUCCACGUGUCCCGGUUUAGUGGAGUUCCUAUUAGAUAGAAAUAUCGAAUCGUUUAAAGAGUGUAAGGACGCAAAGUACGAAGUCGUUAAAUGUUUAUCUCAGGCGGAGCGAGAUAUAUUUGACGCGGACACUAUGCAGAAAUUCAAGCAGUUUGUUAAUGAGGGUCCGUAUUUCAUCGACGUUAACACAGAAGUCGCGAUAGAAGGUGCUUUGUAAGGAAAAGGAGGAUCACAUUUUUCAGACGGUAACAUUUAUUAUUAAUGUUAAAAAUUAUGCAUGAUGAGCAACUUAAGUAAGAAAAGGAAAAUAAAAUAUUUUGUAUUUUAUUCAACAAAAGAAAAGAUGUUGAUUACAAUCAAAAAAGAUAUUGAUUAUUACAAAAGAAUAAACUUUGUUCAUUGUUUUUGCAUUUAGUACAAAUAAGUCGACGUUAUUGUAUAUAUUUAGUCUUCUUUUUGGAGCAAUUCUUUUUAUUAAUAAAACUUUUUUAACAUUAUCGAUAUUAGAAUUUAUAUAUACAAAGAGGGAAAUAAUUUAUUUUACACCUAGCGAUACACAAAGAAGUCUACAUUGUUACAUAUUUGAAAGAAAUCAAAUACAUGAUAUUAAAAUACGUAUGCGUAUAUGGAAUAAUGUGUUCGCGAUUUAUUAUUGUUCUUCGUAGAUUAUGAAAUUUAUACAUAAUGUGUAAAUAAUAUCGUAUAAACAAUUAUACGGGUGUAUGACGUGCGUUAAAUAUACUUUAAUUUCUAUUGUAUACGUUUCCGUUUCUUCGGUGAGACAAUCUUUAGCAUACUGACCACCGGUGCUUCAAAGGCAAUUGAUACUACAAAGGACAACGCAUAUGACAACAUCAGCUGCCCCAGAAAAGUUAUCAUCUGAAAAAUAAAAUGUUUUAUGACUACUCGUCAUUAA